AGAAAAGAGAAGGGACUGGAAGAGGGAGGGGGUGAGAACGCGCGGGGGGAGGGAAUGGGAGCGCGCUUGGAGGAGCGCGCGCGCAAUACAGAAAAUGCAACCUCCCAAAAAUAAAGAGCAAAGAUUGCAUUCAGCAGCGAGCAGCAAUGCAGAAAUAGAUGGCAGUCUCGUGUCAGUGAGUUUGCAUCCCCCCCUUUCUUGGUCCAAGAGCUGGAGUCAGCAACAGAGCCCUGGAAGGCAAUUGCUUUUUACUACAAGUGGAGAAGUCCCCCCUUCUUUGGUGCCUGGCUGACGGCUUGCACUGUACACGUUUGGGAGCGUUUAUCCCUUCUCCCUGGUUGUUGAUGGGGCUCAUCUUUUUUUCGCUUCCUCCGCUGCUGUUCCUGCUUUGAUUUUCUCUCUCUCUGAAAGUGUGACUGCAAACAACAUAGGUAGAUAUAUAUAGCAAACAAAAGCAAAACAACAGAGAAAAAGGACAUCUGGAUUGAUUCCUCUUAAAGGUCUUUCCCCCUCCUUUCCUUUUUAAUGAACAGAACUAAAACCCCAUCACAAAAUUGCAAACACAAACCUAAAAGACAAGGGUCGGGGUUUGUUGUUUUUUUGCUCAGGAGCAGGAGCAACAGCAACAGCAACAGCAACAACAUGGAUGUGUUGGCUAGUUAUAGUAUAUUCCAGGAACUGCAGCUUGUCCACGACACCGGCUACUUCUCAGCUUUACCAUCCUUGGAAGAGAACUGGCAGCAGACAUGCCUUGAGCUGGAACGCUAUCUUCAGACAGAGCCCAGGAAGAUUUCAGAGAGCUUUGGUGAUGACUUGGACUGUUUUCUGCACACCUCCUCAACUCAAGGCACAGAAGACAGUAGCCAGAGGCUGGAUCCCCUCUUAUUACCAGUAGACAUGAGUCCUUGUGACAAAAAUUCCAAUAUGGAUGUUAUCGUCUCACGGGACAAACUAUUGUCUGAGACUUGCCUCAGCUUACAGCCUACCAGCUCCUCUACAGAGGGCUAUACUGCCGUUAACCAGGCCCAACUCAACGCAGUGACCUCACUAACUCCUCCUUCUUCGCCUGAGCUCAGCCGCCAUCUUGUAAAAACCUCACAAACUGUCUCUGCAGUGGAUGGCACAGUUACACUGAAGUUAGUGGCAAAGAAAACUGCUCUCAGCUCUAUAAAGGUUGGUGUGGUAACACCAGCUAGCACAACAAAGUGUGCACUCAGCGAUAGUGAGCAAGGAGGGGCAGGAGCUGAUACAUCCCCAGAAAACAAGAAGAGGGUUCAUCGCUGUCAAUUUAAUGGGUGUCGGAAGGUUUAUACAAAGAGCUCACACUUAAAAGCGCACCAGAGGACGCACACAGGUGAGAAGCCUUACAAGUGUUCAUGGGAAGGGUGUGAGUGGCGUUUUGCACGAAGCGAUGAGCUCACGCGGCACUACAGGAAACACACAGGGGCAAAACCCUUCAAGUGCAACCAUUGUGAAAGGUGUUUUUCAAGGUCUGAUCACCUUGCCCUCCAUAUGAAAAGACACAUCUAAAUAACAGAUCGCCCAGCAUGGCCCAGAUGCAAUUAGACCUUAGCAUCAUGGGGAGAAGAGUUGUCUGUCUCUUGCUGCCUUUCAGAAGAAGAGAAAUUGAUCACAUGUACAUUUCUGUACACACACCAUGCACUAAGUGUUGUCAUGCACCCAGCUAUACUUAAUUACAUAUGUCUGUUCUCUACACCUUGCUCAACUGGAAGGCAGAAGACACCCAAGAGGAAAUGGGUGCAGGAGAAGUUAGUAAGACACAAACAGUGCUUACAGCACUUCAGGACUCUUGGAUUUUUGUUCCCUGUUUAUUGCCAAUGGAAAUGAAAGCAAAUGGAAGAGGGUUCCCUGCAGGUGAACAGCAGUAAAAGAAGAAUAUGUACCCUGCUUCUCAAAUGCAAGUGGAUGGUGGGAGAGCAGGGCACAUGACUUUUGGAGUUGCAUAUUUGUAGCACUAACUUUUUCUUUUUAAAUAGAUUUUUGAGGGGAAACUAAUGACCUAGAAAAACCAAAUCCCAGUUUGGUAGCCAAAACGUUAAUGUCUUGGUUCCUUUCUGUUUUUAUUUUUGAGGCUUACUUAUGUACAACAUGCAUCAAGGCUCCUCAUGAACACUUUGAUCUGCUCCGAUUCUGGUUCUUCUUUAUAGGACUGAGCUAUCAAGAUCCGUUUAAGUCAAUACCAAUGGCCUUAAUUGGCAGUAGACUGUGCAGUGACACCUAGGACACGUCUACCACUUUUCUUGCUUGAACUGGUAUAGACUUUGUCAAGGAUUCUUUCUGUGUUUGCUUUGUUUUUUCCUGACAUUUUGAUAUUUUGUUAUUGCACAUCAUGUGCACUAGGGGACUGUGAAAACUGCUGAUGUGAUUUCACAGUGGUUGGCCAGCAAUGUCCCUGAGCAGCACCACAGUAUAUCUUUGGAGACAUCACCAUAUUGCCAUAGUUCAGACAUUCUAUUUAAUUGCCUAAUGAGAACUUGAAAAAAAGAGCUUGUUUGGAAGCUUUGAAACUUUUCUCCAUGUUCAUCAGAAUUCAUUUACUCACCUGGAUAUCUGUCUUGGAUUCUAUCACUCAAGCAUGAUUUCAGGUUUUCCUUCUACACCAUGGGGGGAGGGGGCAUGCUUGUUGCAACCCACAGCGAUUGGUUAGCAACUCUGUUUGCUUGUUCUUGCUAGCCCUUUUACCCAGUCAAAUAUCUGGUUACUGAUUUGUAUGUCUGGCACCUGCAAAAGAUGUAGUUUGGGUUGAGCAGAUUUGUAGAAACAUUUCAUUGAUCAUCAUGAAUGGAAAAGUGAGGACCUCUUCAAAUUAAAAUAAAUCCCAUACAGCAUUUUGCUCUAAAGAGACCCACUUAGGUUCUCCUUUCCCAUUUUUCAAGGUGAUGCAACUUUCCCACUCUUCUAACAUGUUAAGUUUAAAUGAAAGGGAUUGGCUUUUUAGCGAGCACUGGCUUCCUUUCCAGUGGUGAGUUGAAGCAAAAAUAACAAACAGAUAAUGCAUGGGUCUACUCUGACCAAUGGUUGUACCAUUUAGCAACCAAUGGAAGCAUCAAGCUCAUGUUUUGAAUCUUGUAGAUAAUUUCAUGGUUGUGGCUCAGAGUGAAUUUCCCUGUACUUUACAAACAUGCAAAAUAUUCUAUAUAUCCAUAAUGUCUACUUCUAGUUAGUUUGAGCAGGCAAUGAUUCAAAAAGCUGCCUUUUCAAACUAUCUCUUGUGCAGGUGGAGAGUUAUUCAUUGGGAACAGUUCGGGAAUAGUAUAGUUAAUAAUGUGGGACCAUUUCUGCAAGAUGUGCCGAGAAAUGAAAUGGCACAUGUGAUUCUCCCUUGGUUGCUGCUCUUCCACUCUUUAAACUAGCUCACUGCCUUCCUUUUUGACUGUUUCUUGACUUGCUGACUGUUCACUAAUUUCCUAAUUUAUGCUUAGGAUGCAAAAAUGUUAAAAUCCUUUUUUUAUACAGAAUAUCUAAAAUUGUAUAAUGUAAGUACAGACACAGGGAUUCUUAGCACUUGGCCUUUGGGGCUUUCUUUCCAUCUGUGAUUUCACCAAACUACCAGGUUUUCAAGUAAUACUCUCUUUGGAUCAGAGUUCUUCUGCACACUGUGACUGUCAGUGGCCACUUGUGUUGCAAAAACAAGGCCUGGCCCUUAAUGUUGGGAUGUGAAAUGGACCAAAAUCUAACAAUCUCUUUGAGGGCAAUGAACGUUAGCAUUUAAGAAUGAGGAAGAGAUCUAAGUUUUAUUCCAAAGAUUUAUGGUUAAUCAUGAUUUAGAAAAUAUUGGAGCACUGCUUGCUGACAAUCUUGUAGUUCUCUAUAUCUGUGUUUGCAUAUUUUCUAUUCCACCCAGGGGUUCAGUGGGCAUUUUGAGAGCCCUGUAGCUCGGUAUUUGACUAUUGUAUGGCAGUUUUAGAAUAUCAGCUGAGGUGAAUGAUGGAACAUCCAGAGUGUGUGCUAGCUGAAAAAUCUAUACUGUCAGAGAAAUUCUUCGUGUAGCAUCCUACAUAAUGUGCAUACAUAUAUGUCAUCACAGUAAUCAUUGGGUAUCAGUAUCCAUGAAUGUCAUCACCUGAAAUGUUGAAUCAUAUUGUCUCUAGAAUUCUUAGAGAUUCAGAGUUGAUGACUAAUUUAAUAUAAAUCUGUAUUUUAAAUAAUUAAAUGUGGGUGGCAGUGGGAAACUUAAGAACAAUGUUGAUUUACUUCCCAUUGUCAUUUGUGGUCUUGCUAAUAUCUCUACUUCAGAAUGUGAAAUCUUCAAUACAAUUCAUAUUGCUGGAGAGCAAUGUGAUUUUUUAAAUCUAGGCAAGUCAUAGCAAUAUAUAUAUAUAUAUAUAUAUUUGCUUUGCUCAUAAUUAUUCAAAGUAGACCAGAAUGAUUAUCAUCAUUUCAGAAGUACAAUAUCUGAAGUGUCAAAUUGGAAACCUCUCUAAUGGCUUUCCAACAUUAGUGGGCUGAUGAAGCACACUCACUUGAGAGUAAGGUCUGUUAAAACAAAUGGGACUUUCUUCUGAGUAAAUGUGUAAAGGGUCCAUCUACAACCAGCCCGGUGGUGAGCAAGGAAGUAAGAAGCCACUGCUACUUAGUAGCGAUUGAGAAGAAGAGGGAACCCAGUAAUUUUAAUGGCAAGCAUUGCAAGGUGGAGAAGGAGAUGACUAGGUUCCAGCCAUACAGCUGUUAACUGGCAAGCUGCAUCAGCAUGGCCCAUGGUAUCUGUGGCCCAAAGCUACAGCAAACCUGUAAGAAAGCUGUACCCUAUGCCUUUACCACCACUUUGCAGCAACCACUAUGAAGGCUGCCUAGUCCCCCCUCACCUUGGUCAUCACUAAGCUGUGGCAGCCUCUUACUUCCCAGGGAACCAUCUCACCACUUGUCACUGAAAGGAUUGGUCCUAAUCCUACUAAGAAGUGAGUCAGUGGGAUUUAACUUCUGAAUAAGCAUGCUUAGGAUCGCAUUGGGAGAUGUGCACAAAAAUGGUCCCCCGGUUUUGAGAUUUUGGCUUGACCUCUUGUGGGAGAAAAAUCAUGCCUGAUGGUUGUGCCAUAACGACAAUGAAUCAUGCUUUUUAGGGGUUUCAUUUUUCAUAUUACAAAUCCUGAAGAAACUGAAAUGGAGAGUUUGUAAAUAUUUCAAGAACUUAAUUUCAUCCCUUGUCCCAUCUCAUCUUAGCUUCGCUAUCCUGUACAUGUUGGAGGUUUAUUUUUUUAAGGAUAAAUUUUUCUUACUUUAUAGCAGUGAUAGUCCUGGUGCUGAUCUUUAUGCAGUACUUUCAACAGGAAGAGAGCUGGACAGCACCUCAUCUCCAAAACCAGCACAAGGAAGCACGGAAGGGCCCAGGUGGCUGUAUGGCUGAUGACCUUCCAGUUGGCCUUCCCUGUCUGAAUCACACUUGUAGAGAAAGGCACAUUGGUAAGAAGCAGCAAGUGCAACCCAGUGGUGAUGGUGAGGCAACAUUAUUGUUGCUUUUGCAGGAAAGAUGUUCUGCAUCCUAUUUCUUAGUGCACCAGUAUGCAAGAUUGCAUUAUCUGUGGAUUGAAUGGCAUUUUCUUAAGCCAUACUGGUAGUCUCUGAUGGAUCCCAUGUUAAAAUUGACUUGAAAGAAAACUUUUUUUCCUCCCAGCAUUCAGUGGGUACAAUGAGGAUCUUGAUUUUCAUUACGAGAUUUUAUAUCUACUUUUUCUGAUUGUUUUUUCUGAAUAAAAUGAUCCCAUCUUAUUAUCUCAUGUUUUUGUACUAAUGUUCUUGUCAGUGUUUGUAAUGAUUUCAUUGGAAACUGCAAGAUUUGGCCCCAGAUAUUCUUUACCGAGGUGAAUCUGGCUUUUUCUUUUUCUUCUUUAAAAAAUGGGACAAGAGCAAUGUUUCACCCCCCCCCCCAAUAAACCAAUGUGGGUGGAAGAUGGAACAUAUCAAGAAUAUACCUGUUGUGAUUUCAGAAGCAGAUGGUUGCGUUGUAUUUUCUUCAUGUUUUUUAGUUAGAAAUUUAAGAUUGGCCUACUCAUUUUUUAAAAAAACACGUUUGACCUUUCUGAUUGGGUAUGCUGCUAGACUCUACACUCUCUUGCUCUGUGUGUGCACAUGCGUGUGCACAUGCGUGUGCACAUGCGUGUGCUGGAGCGCCUAAGCUAAACAUAUUCCUACACAGGCAAAACUGAACUCCCAGCUAUUUCUGUUGUAAUAACCAACAGUGCCUCUUUCUGUCUGGUUUGGUGAGGGUACUAAAUACCACCAGUGGGUUACGGAAAGGUUUUGCCUGUGCUGCACAUAUGGUUUAGCUGUGUACUAAUGAGUGAAUAGACUACAAACUAGGGAGCAAAAGUGAGUUACUGGAGUACUCUUGUGAAAUCACAUGGUGAGAGGUAACCUUUAUAUAUAUAUUGGUCUGUAGUGGGCAAAAAUCAACUAUCAACACAGUUCUACAGAACAUCAGAUCUAUUUUUAAUCUUAUGUGACUGUUACCUGGAUAAAUGAAUCUGUGUGGUGUAUAUGGUUGUAAGGUCCAUCUGGAAGGACAUACCUGGGAGUUUAAAUUUUUUACAUUUCUGUAACUUAGUGCUUUUAUUUAACACGUAGUUGUUCCUCUGUUAUGGCCUGUGGCCAAAACAAAUAAAUGGUUCCCCGGAAGGCUGAUUGGCCAUACAAUUUAA